GCACGUUGGCGGAAAUUGAACGCCUUAUUGUACAUGAAAUCUAGCAUUUCUCUAUGCUGAUCUGGGCUCAUCUAAGGUGAUCUGGGCUACAAUAUGUGAUAAGUUUCAAUAGGAAAUUCAAAACUUCAAUUUUGCUUGAAAUCCACGUCCCAUGGGAAAAAUUUGAGUAAAAAUUCGAUAUCUCAGCAACAAAGCUUACUAAGCUUGCGUAAGUUACGCACGAACCAAGUUGGGGUUCUUCAUAGCCCAUGAGGGCCUAUAUUUUAAACAUGGGCCCAUUCAAAAAAGGUUUUUAGCACCUCAGAGGUUCACUUGUAAGACAAUUCUAUAUUAAGUAGUACCUUGGACAAUGUUUUUUGUACACUGUUAUGCAUUAAUAGAACGGAACAGGUAAUAUUUCAGUGACAGUGAAAAAAAUGUAAAUGUAUAUACACCUCUAGUAAUAAACAUAUCAUUUCCUGGACACAUAGCAGAUAUUUCACUUAUUACUUCGUUUUCUUUCAAUAAAGCAAAUAUAACGGAUACGCAUGAUUUCUUUUUUUUGAUCUUUUUCUUGCAUUACCUAGUAGUUGAUGAUAGACAUGUUAAAUAUAAUCAAUCAAUAUGAAAGAUAUUUUAGAAUUUGUUUUAAAAGCAUUCAUAACUUUUGUUUUAACAAAUAUUCAAGAUAUUGUUAUUUUAAUUAAUUUUUUUCUUGAAGCAUCACGAAAAGACGAUGAAUCAACAACAUUAGAAACUGGACAUGUUGUUCUUGGACAAUACUUAGGAUUUUCAACGUUGCUAACAUUAAGUUUAAUUGGUUAUGCGAUUAGUUAUGCAAUACCAAUUAAAUUAUUAGGAUUUCUAGGAUUUUUAAUUAUUUUUAUUGGUUUGAAUGGAUUAAGAACAAUGAUCAAACAUAGAUGUUGUAAGAAGGAAAAGCAAGUAACUACAACGAUUAAAAUGACUGAAGAUUUAUCCAACGAGAAUGAUUUGUCACUAGUAACUACUAAUAGAAAUUUAGUAGAACAAACGUUGAUCGAAUCAGAAAAAAUAACGGAGCUGACAUCAUCACAAGUCUUGUUGGGUAAUUUAGAACCUGUAUCAACAAUAUUAACCAUACACGUUCCAACUCCAGUGACAAGGUGGAAGAAGAUCAAAUUAUCAAUAUGCAAAUAUUUAAGUCCUCAUAUAUUUAAAGUUGCUUUCACGACAAUUGCGAAUGGAAAUGAUAAUAUUGCCAUUUAUGUACCGUUAUUUGCUCAAUCAAAACCAUGGCAAAUUAUUGUUUAUGUCGUUAUAUUUUUACUAAUGGUAGCUGUAUGGUGUUGUAUGUGCUAUUAUUUUAUACAUUUUCCACCUAUUUUAAAAUUAGCACGCAAAUAUGCUGAAAUUAUAACACCAUUUAUAUUUAUUGGUUUAGGUAUUUACAUUUUAAUCUCAUCACAAUGUUUUCCAUGGUUAUUUAAUGUCAUUAAAACGAAAAAAUGGACAAUGACUUAA